GUUUAAUUGGGGAAAGAGAGGCCCAGGGAUCAGCCGGGCUACAAGCAUUUAUGAAGUGCCUACUGCGUGCCAGUUGUGCUGCGUCCAGGACCGUCUGGACAAGAAGCCCAGUUCUGGACUUUUCUUUUGGCAAGUGAAAGAGUUAUCUAGACCCCCAACAUUCGCCCUUCUCUCAGCUUUAACCUUGCUGUGCAAGGGUGGAGCCCGAGUGACUAAGAUCUCUGAAGAUGAGGAGCGCGCUGGAUAAGCAAAGCAGGGAGCCCCCAGGAAACAUUUUACAGGCGCGCUUUCCCCUGGGGAGGGUGUCACAUGUCCCACGUGCAGCUCCACAGGGGACAAGAGAACAAUCCCCUCCCAGCCCCCUCCCGCCGCCAGCCCCUGGGCCUGCGGGGCUCGCCUGAUGAUGCAAGGUCGGCUGACUGGGGCCGGGGGUAUGUAAGCAGCCUGGCUCGGGGCGGCCGCGGGGACUGGGUCAGAGGAGGAGGAGGAGACUCGCCAGGAGAGGCCGACCGCAGUCAGCGAGCACUCAGGGAGUCGCAGCGGGCACUGCCGCCCUAGCGGACUGCGCGCACCACCGGGCCCGCGUGGCCGGGGCCGGGGCUCGGACAUGGCUCACCGGGCGCUGCUGUGCUUCCUGCUUCUGCAGCCGCUGCUCUCCGCGGCGGAGCUGGGCGUGCAGCCCAACAGAACAUUUAAGAUAGACUAUGAAGGGGACCAGUUCCUCAAGGAUGGCAAGCCAUUCCGAUACAUCUCUGGGAGCAUCCAUUACUUCCGCAUACCUCGGUUCUACUGGAAAGAUCGUCUUUUAAAGAUGAAGAUGGCAGGCCUCAACACCAUCCAAAUCUAUGUGCCCUGGAACUUCCAUGAACCCUUUCCUGGACAGUAUCAGUUCUCUGGUGAACAGGAUCUGGAAUAUUUCAUACAGCUUGCACAUGAGCUUGGAUUAUUAGUUAUUCUGAGGCCAGGACCUUAUAUCUGUGCCGAGUGGGACAUGGGUGGCCUACCUGCUUGGCUUUUAGAGAAAGAAUCAAUUUUACUCCGUUCUUCUGAUCCUGAUUACCUCAAAGAGGUGGAUAAGUGGUUGGAAGUCCUUCUGCCUAAGAUGAAGCCUUACCUCUAUCAAUAUGGAGGGCCAAUUAUAACAGUCCAGGUUGAAAAUGAAUAUGGAAGCUACUUUGCUUGUGAUUACAACUACCUCCGUUACCUCCUGAAAGUCUUCCGCCAGCAUCUUGGAGAAGAGGUGGUUCUUUUCACCACUGAUGGGGCCGGAGAAAACUAUUUAAAAUGUGGAACUCUGCAGGAUGUUUAUGCGACAGUAGACUUCGGUUCAAGUUUCAACAUUACAGAAGCCUUUAUGAACCAGAGGAAGUUUGAGCCCAAAGGACCCUUGAUCAAUUCAGAAUUCUACACUGGAUGGUUAGAUCACUGGGGUGAAUCUCAUCAGACAGUCAGCACCAAAAACAUUGUCGCUUCUCUCAUUGACAUGCUUUCCCGUGGUGCUAAUGUUAACCUAUAUAUGUUUAUUGGUGGGACCAAUUUUGGCUUCUGGAAUGGAGCCAAUAUGCCUUAUUUGCCACAGCCUACUACUUAUGACUACGAUGCCCCGUUGAGUGAAGCAGGAGACCUCACGGAGAAGUAUUAUGCUGUGAGGGAAGCUAUUGGAAAGUUUGAAAAACUACCAGAAGGACCUAUUCCUCCAUCAACCCCCAAGUUUGCCUAUGGAAAAGUUGCUAUGAAGCAGGUAAAUACAGUGCAAGAUUCUCUUGAUAUUUUGUGCCCUGCUGGACCAUACAACAGCACUUACCCCUUAACAUUUGUUCAGAUGAAACAGUAUUUUGGCUUUGUGCUGUACCGAACAAUACUUCCUAAAAAUUGCAGUGAACCGGUGCUUCUUUCUUCACCCUUAGGCGGAGUCCAUGACCGUGCCUAUGUUUCUGUGAAUGGGGUUUCCCAGGGAAUUCUGGAGAGAAACAGGGUGCUCUCUAUAAAUAUCACUGGGGAAGCUGGUGACAUCCUAGAUGUGCUUGUAGAAAACAUGGGGAGAAUCAACUUUGGAGAGGAUAUCAAUGACUUCAAGGGUCUGAUUACCAAUUUAACCCUUGGGUCAGAUGUGCUCGAAGAUUGGUUGAUGUUCCCAUUGGAUCUGCAGAAUGAAAUGCUUUCCUAUCUGGAAGAGGUGACAUCCAGCAACGCUACUUCCAACUCAACUCUCCCAUCUUUUUAUGUUGGUCAUUUUUCCAUUCCUUCUGGAAUUCCCGACUUUCCUCAGGACACCUUUAUCCAGUUUCCCGGCUGGACCAAGGGACAGAUAUGGAUCAAUGGUUUCAACCUUGGCCGCUACUGGCCGGGCCGGGGCCCCCAGGUCACUCUUUACGUUCCGAGACACAUCCUGGUCACGUCUGCCCCGAACAACAUCACUGUGCUAGAACUGGAGAGGUCUCCAUGUGAAUCCCAGCAGAGAUGUUUUGUGGAGAUGGUGGACAAGCCGGUUCUUAAUGGACCACUCUUCUCAUCGGAGAAUCCCUAGAGGGGAAGCGAUUCUUAGUGAAAGCUUGGAUACUUUCAGAAGGACUUUCCUUUUAGAAUCUUGAUUUUUUUAUAGAACCUAAUGAAUUUAGCCUAAAAUCAAGUUUUACCCUGGCUGAUUGGAAAAUUGUGCGUAUGCUUGUGUGUGUCGUGUGUGUGUGUACUUGUGGAUAUUAAUUGUUAGGGUCGGUUUUACUUGUUGCCUUGUAAAUUACAAUCACAAACUCCCUGAGGGAGAGAACCAAGCCUACCCAACAAUGACAAAACCCUGUAGUGCCUGUUGCCUCUACAGGGGCUUGCACCCUGUGGGCGCCAUAUGAAUGUUUGCUAUCGCUGAUCAUGGUGUUCGAACAAUAAAGCACACAUCCAGAUUAUUUUAUUUUGCUUGAAGUAUUUUUUUGAUUUAUUUGCAAAGGAAAUUUAUAGGGAAGAAUUGUGUUCCCUGAAUAAAAUUUAUAUUCAAUUUGA